AUGGUUAAUUCUUGUGCUGCGCCAGGUUGCACAAAUAGAGCAAUGAUAAACGACAACAGAGCAUUUUAUAAAUUUCCAAUUAACAAUAGAGAACUCUGUAAAAAGUUGAUUGUUGCUAUAAAACGUGAAACAUUUAUUCCUACUGAGUACAGCCGCAUAUGUAGUGAUCACUUUUUACCUUCAGAUUACAAUAUACCUGAUUUUAAUAACAAACCUAAAUUAAAACCUUUUGCUGUGUCAUCUAUUUUUAUUGAUUCCAAACCAAAACUCAAAGAAAGUUUAAUUCUAUAUCGCCACAAACAAAUAAAAAGAGACUCGUUAAAAAAGUUUCGGAAACAGGCAGUCACCAUCACAUCGAUUUCCAGUCGGAUAUAA